GGUGAUACACAACACGAGGAGUAGUGGUGUUGCAAACAGAAACUGAACUUGUACCUAGCAACGAAGGUGGAACAAUGGAAACUGGAGAGUCUGUUCGCAAGCGAGACUGUGGAGGAGAUGGGGGUGGUGAGGAGGAACGCAGCCGUCUACGGCCAAGCACAGACAAAGAUGAGAGGGGGCUGCAUUGGGCAAGAUUUUGGAGCAAAGGCGGUGAGCGUCACAGAGAUUGUGAUGUUCUUUGCAUUGGAGCUCCAGGACAGGCAUCUGUAGCAGUAAAAACUAAAGUAGGGGGAAUUACAGUUAGGGAAGCUGUUGUACUGAAAACUGCAGCAGUGGAAACCGCAGCAGUAGAAACUGCAACUGCGGAAACUGGAGCAGUGGAAACUGUAGCAGUGGAAACUGUAGCAGUGGAAACCGCAACAGUGGACACUGCAGCAGUGAAAACUGCAGGAGUGGAGACUGCAGCAGUGGAAACUGCAGGAGUGGAGACUGCAAAAGUGGAAACUGCGGGAGCAGCAGAUGAGCAAGCAGGGGCAGGACGAGAGCAUCGUGGAGGCGAAGAAGAAAUUGGAUGAUACAAGGACCAUCGCAGCAUGCAUCGAAACCACUGAGAGAGACGCGUCACAUGCCUAGGAUAGCGACGUUGGUGGGAGCGCAUGUAGAAGGUCCACCCCUUAGCAAGGGUUGGUGGGGAAUGCCCACGCGAAAGCAUACGACGAGCAGCUUGAAGAUCAUGUUGACAAAUGUCAUCAACAAAGCGUGCUCCAUCCC